AUGGUGACAAAUAUGAUUGAAAUAAAUAAAGAUAUGAUUAAUCGAGUAUUAUUACUGUCAGAUUUUAAUCAAAAUAUUAUUAAAUUGGAUAUAAAUCAUAUUACAAUGGAUGUUUUAAACGAUUUGAUCUUAUUUCCAUUCACUAACAUCUGUAUUAAUUGCACAAAAUCACUUACUUCGUAUCGAUACAAAUUAAUUCAUGUUAUUGACUGUUUUAAAAUUAUUCGAGCAAUAGCUAAUCGAUGGCGAAAGAUUAAUAAAUCAUCAUUAAAUAGUGCGCUUAAAAUAUUUUAUUUAUGUGAUUCUUUUGCAUUUACAUAUUCGGUUUUCUUUGAUUAUACAUGCCAACUUCUACAUGAUCAAUGCCCAUUUCAAGCUUUUUCUCGAAUACUUAUUGAUCGGUAUAAUUACGAACGUCAAAAUAGCAACAUCAAUCUUCAACCUAUUCCAUUAGCAAAAUUAUUUCAAUCUCAUUGGUUAUUAUAUCAAAUUGUAUGCUUUGAAUUUAUGUUAGGACGAACGCAAAUAGUUAAUUUACCAGUUUCACUUAAUCGUAAUGAACUUAAUUAUCAUUUUGAAUGUUAUUCUGGUUGGUGUUAUCAUUUAUUCACGACAUUUUGGUCCAGACAUAAGUCAAUCCCAAAUAUAAAAUGUUGUCCUUCAGAUUUUAGUCGAUGUAUCAUUGUGGAUGGACAUCAAAAAUGUCGACGAUUAGUAUGUAGUUUUAAAAAUAUUGUCGAUACUUUCAUUGAAGAAAUGACUGCAAUUGAAAUUGGUUGUCCAUAUACACCCUGUCGAAGAAUACAAUCAUCGAAUUCAGUUGAUGCAAUUUAUUGUAGAUAUCAUCAACCCUCAAUUCUUUUAUCUCCGUCUCUUAAUUUACAAAAAGCUGAUGAUAUGGCUGCUGAAUUUUCGAAAUGGGAUAGAGAUUUUCUCUCGGAACAUAAAGCUCAAUGCCAAAAUUAUCGUAAUGAUAGCGAAGAAAUAAAAAAAAAUAAAUCAUAUGGUAUACUAGCAUCAUAUCAUCCAUGUGGAGUUGCAGUCGGCUUUACAGAAGCAAUUAAAGCUGAAGGUGUAUUCAUUAAAAAACUCUUUUAA